UUCGCGUACAGUGCUUGAAGACAACACUAGCUUUUGAUCAUUCCCAGUGUUGUGCUCGGGAUGGAGUGCGAUUUGAAACGGAAUACGGCUGUUGCUUCUUAAUCAUGCAGUAAAAAACUCGGGAAUUGUUAUUGCUUUUCUGUACAUCAUGGAACAAAGCGGACGCCAGGCGUGUGUCGAGCGAUGGAGAUGCGUCGCGUACAUGGUGGCUUUGGUCAUGUUUUGGAGCGAAGCCGCGGCUCAGAUCAGGUAUUCGAUAUCUGAAGAGGUGAAAGAAGGAAGUGUUGUUGGAAAUAUUGCAAAGGACUUGGGAAUAGACAGGGUUACGCUGAAAGAGAGAGAGUAUCGCAUUGUUGGCAGCUCAACGGAACCCCUUUUUCAUCUGAAUAAAGACGACGGUAUGCUGUAUGUCAGCAGGAAAGUGGACAGGGAAGAGAUCUGUGAACGAAGCAACGCUUGUAUAAUAAACCUUAAAACGGUGCUAGAAAAUCCCCUGGAAAUCCAUUAUGUGGCCAUAGAGGUUCUGGACGUAAACGACCAUUCUCCAGUCUUUCCAGAGAAACAGAAACGACUUGAAAUAUUUGAAUCAACAUUACCGGGAGCGAGAUUUCAGCUUCAAACUGCACGGGACCCAGACGGUAGUCAGUUUUCUGUUCAGCAGUACAGACUCCGUCACAAUGACCAUUUUCGUUUGGAAGUCAAGGAGCGAGGAGAAGACCGUAAGAUGCCCUUUUUGGUUUUACAAAAGCAGUUAGAUAGAGAGGCUACGAGAGAACACAGGCUGCUGCUUACAGCUAUUGAUGGUGGAAAGCCAGCGAGAUCUGGAACAAUAGAAAUAGUGAUUGAGGUACUUGAUGUAAAUGACAAUUGGCCAGUUUUUAGACAAGACGUAUAUUCUGCUGUGUUGAAUGAAAAUGCGGCCCCUGGGACGCUGGUUAUUCAAGUUAAUGCAACAGAUUUGGAUCAGGGAGCAAACGGCGAAAUUGUUUACUCAUUUGGUAAGGAAGUGGAUCUAAAUUUGCAAAAGCAAUUUUAUCUUGAUUCAAAGACAGGUGAAAUUAAAGUGAUCGGUGAAGUUGAUUUUGAAGAAAAUCAAAGCUAUGAAAUUGAUAUACAAGCCUCAGAUAAGGGCACUGUCCCGUUAUCCACAGACAAAACUGUAAUAAUAAAGGUAAUCGACCUUAACGAUAAUGCCCCUGAGAUUGAAGUUACAUCAUUUUCCAAAUCAGUUCCAGAGGAUUGUAGAACUGGAACAACAGUAGCUUUGAUCAGUGUGAAUGAUUUGGAUUCAGGCCCUAAUGGAAAAGUUUCCUGCUUCAUAGGAGAGGAUGUUCCUUUCACUAUAUCUCCAUCCUUGCAAGAUAAUAUGUACGCCAUAGUGACUAAAUCCCUGCUGGACAGAGAAGAAAAGUCUUUUUAUGAACUCACGGUUGUCGCAAAAGACACUGGUGAACCAUCACUCUCAUCUGAAAAGACAAUAACUGUAGUUGUAUCAGAUGUGAACGAUAACAGACCUCAGUUUUCACUGAGUCCAUAUACAUUCUAUAUUAGUGAAAAUAAUGACCUAGCAGCACCAUUAUUUUCAGUUAAGGCAUCUGACCCUGAUGAUAGUGAUAAUGCACAUAUUGUAUAUCAUAUUCCCAGGGAUGGGGGAGAAGGCAGUGUCAGUUUGUUUUUGAAUAUAAACUCUGAGAAUGGAGAAAUUAUGGCGCUGAAAAGUUUUGACUUUGAAACGCUGAAAACUUUCCAGUUCCAAGUUGUUGCCACAGAUUCUGGAGCUCCGUCUCUCAGCACCAACGUCACAGUCAACGUGUUCAUUCUGGAUCAGAACGACAACGCUCCAGUCAUCCUGUAUCCACUCAGCUCCAACGGAUCUGCUGAAGGUGUGGAGGAGAUUCCCCGAAAUGUCAACGCAGGACACUUGGUCACCAAAGUCAGAGCCUAUGACGCUGAUAUAGGAUAUAACGGCUGGCUGCUCUUCUCACUGCAGGAACUCACUGACCACAGUCUCUUUGCUUUGGACCGAUAUACAGGACAGAUCAGAACACUUCGCUCAUUCACAGAGACAGACGAGGCUGAACACAAACUGGUCAUACUGGUCAAAGACAACGGAAACGUUUCACUCUCAGCAACAGCUACUGUCAUUGUCAAACUUGUGGAGCCCAAAGAGGCUUUUGCAGCGUCUGAUGUCAAAAGUGCAGCAAAAGUUGAUGAUGAUGACAACGUGACAUUUUAUCUGAUGAUAACUUUGGGAUCAGUUUCUGUACUUUUCCUCAUCAGCAUCAUCGUUCUUAUUGCAAUGCAGUGCUCCAAAUCCACAGACUAUACUUCCAAAUAUCUUCAAGAGACGAAUUAUGAUGGGACACUGUGUCACAGCAUCCAGUACAGAUCUGGAGACAAACGCUACAUGUUAGUUGGACCCAGAAUGAGUAUAGGAUCUACUAUAGUUCCUGGCAGUCAUGCAAAUACACUAGUGCUCCCUGACAGGAGGAGAGCAUCUGAGGAGGUAAGAGAGACUACUAUAUUUAAAAGCAUUUCUGUUACGAAUGGUAGUCAUAAGUAAGAUACAAAUCUUGUUGGUUGAAGUGUGCAUAAAGUACAGAAUCCUACCCCCUUUUCAGAAUAGUUGGACAGAUAUAGAUCAAAAGCAUAUUCAUUACUGAGAGAAAUCCAGGAGUUGUGUAUUGCUGAAACAGGUUACUUAAGUUGUUGGUUAACAGGUUGUUGUAAAGUUGUUGCUCACACAUAACAGAGUAUAGUUCCUGGCAUCUAUGCAAAAACACUUGUGCUCCCUAACAUGAGGAGGGCAUCUGAAGAGAUUUGUGAAUGCCUUAGUUUGUAUUUCGCCCAUCCAUACUGUCUGUCUUGUUUAUCAUCAUGAUGUAGUAGGACACUUAGCUGGUAAUCUGUUUUUUUUAAUUGCAAUGAUGAUCAUCCUACUAUUUUUUUUCUUUCAUAGUAGUAACCAUAAUAUAU